CUGACCUCCCCCUUAUACACAUACAUUAGUUUUGUCAAGUUUUGCUUUCCCUUAUCUUUUCAGCUCCAUUAUUCUGGAUUCCAUUUCGUCCAAAUGCCUUCUGGGACAGAGUCUGAGCUCUCUUCUCCUUCUUCUUCUUCUUAUUCUUCACCUGGGUUGCCUGACACUUGUCCUCCUCCCACUUCUCCAACUGUGCAGUUGGUCCCAAAAUCCACUUCCGAUCGACUUCUUCAGAAGUUCUUUGAUGCCGCGGAGUUCGACUUUGAUUACGAGCAGAGUGGACUGUGGUCUCCUCCAGUCCGGCGGACCGUGUUCGUGAGCUCUCAAGGUAAAAUAUUCACUGAACAAGAAAUGCUUGCCAGACUUUCAACCCUAACGGAAGCUCCUCCUGCAAGACACGAUAAAGCUUGUUUUGGGGGAUGCUGGUGUUAUUGAAGGAUAUUGUGAAGCCAUCAGAACUCCAUUUAUGAGGAUUGCAGGUCAAGAAACCAAUUCAAAUCAAACAAGAAAAAAGAAAUAGCUAGAGAACCUCAUUUUUACUUCUCUUUUAUUUUAUCAUGUAAAUGUUCCUAUUUUUACAGCCGAAAAAAGGAAAAAAGUAUUUAGAGAAAAUAAAUAAUUUGGCAUCGACCCUUUUUAUUCUUUGCGUUUCAUUUUACUUUCUUUUUGGUCUUUAAUUUCGUUUAUAAAAUUGGGAAGUUCUGUAAUUUGCAUAUAUAUGCUUAGUUGUUCAAUUGCAGUACUCAAUUAGCCAGUGA